AUGUCGGCAAUGAGUGAGAAACAAGCAUUAUUAACACCUCAUUCAUUGUAUGAAGAUUCUGCUUUUGGGACACGUUUGAAUGUCGAUGAAGUAACAAUUAUUCAUGGUGCUCUGGAUUUAGCUUCCAAGACUGUGACGGAAGUGAUGAUUCCCAUGGAAGAUGUUUACAUGCUGGAAUUGGAUAUGGAACUCUCUCCAAAUAUGUUGGCAAGUAUCUUGGCUUCAGGUCAUAGUCGGAUUCCAGUGUUUGAAAAACAUAGGUCCAAUAUUGUUGGUCUAUUGCUUGUGAAGAAACUCAUUGUCUUGGACCCAGAUGACCGUCGCCCGAUUCGGGAUUUGAUGCUACGCAAACCUAUUCUAGUGAGUCCAGAAGAAUCGUGCUACUCGAUAUUGAACGAGUUUCAGAAAGGUCACUCGCAUAUUGCGCUGGUCACUGCAGAUGUGGAUCUUGUGUUGAGGUGUUGGCGUUUAAAUGAAGAGAUUCCGGAGAGUGUCGUGUUUGACGGCAUUGUGACCAUUGAAGACGUGAUUGAGGAACUCAUCCAGGAAGAAAUUGAGGACGAGAGCGAUGUCUACGUGCACGACAUUGUGAAAUACGGGCAGGCUCGUUAUCGCAAGGUCACCACGGGCACAGGAUCGGCUUUUAUAAAAAAACGCUUACGCCUUCUUGCAGAUCGAGCUCGUCGUCGCGUAAAAAGCCGUCGCUCGAAACAGGCUGCUGAAUCUACAACUGCUAAUACCAUUAGGGCUUCCGGCCGGCCUCAGCUGCAUGCUCCUUUCGAGAUCAAGGUCGUUUCCGAAACGACUCCGCUUUUGUAA